GCUAUCACCAAGGCAGCGAGAAAUGAAAAAAAUCUUCCUAUUUUUCGUCCUCAUCGGAGUGACUGUGGGCAAAAUUGAUAUAGAACAAAGAAUCCUUGGCGGUCAGGAUGCUUCCGAAGGAUUAGCUAAGUGGCAGGCGUCUAUAAGAUUCGGUUAUUGGCAACACAAUUGCGGCGCUAGUGUCCUCAAUGAAAGAUGGCUUUUAACUGCUGCUCACUGCAUGUACAGUUACGGGCAAUAUCUAUCCAUGCUGAGCGUGGUGGUCGGUACCAACCAUCUCCGAACCGGCGGUCAAAGAUACAACCUCGAGUCGUACAUACUUCACGAGAACUACAACCCUACGACUCAGGCCAACGACCUGUGUUUAUUAAAAACAUCAACACCAAUCGUUUACAACGAUAAAGUUCAACCAGCCGUAAUGCCAACCGAGGAAACGCCACCCGGCUCAAACCUCAUGUUGACUGGAUGGGGAGAAAUGGGAACCGAUGGCGACAUUCCCGACAAUCUGCAAAUGUUAAACUUCACAUCUAUAGGCACCAAGGAAUGUGAUGACAAAUACAAGGAAUUCUACGGAAAACGUGGGAAAUCUUUUCCCAUCACUGACAAACAGCUCUGUAUGACUGCCAAUCAAGGAACCGGAGGAUGUAAGGGAGACUCUGGCGGUCCCAUCGUUAAAGAUUUGUCGUUAGUUGGUGUCGUGUCUGUUGGUGUUGUACCCUGCGGCUAUGGCGUACCAGAAGUGUCGACUAAUGUGAUCAAAUACGUUUCUUGGAUCAAGCAACAUACAGGAAUGUAAAUUUCAAGAGUCCUUUACUGGCUGUACCAGACUAGCAGAAUAAAUAUUAUUUUAAUGACCAUGAAUGCCAUCGUCAAUGUAGUGCAUGUACUAACAUGAGCCCAUUUUAUACAGCUAAUCUAGAAGGAAACGUGUAACAGUUGAAAUGUCUUAAAUUCGUAAUAUAUACACGUUUUAUUACCCAUUCCUACUUAAAGUUUCAAACUUUUUUUAUAUUUUUUUGCUUGUUGUGAUUUUAUAUUUUGUAUAAUCAGAUAUAGUAAUAACUAGUUUGGCCGUAAGUUCUGUUACAAAUAAAAUGCAUUUUUUCAACUUU